AUGGCUCACGUUCAAUCAGAGCUAGUUCAAGCAAGCAGCUUGCAUCCCAAAAUAGUGACAUUCAUUGACUUGAAAGAGACCAUCAACAAUACCGAAUCAUGUCAACUCGACAUUGUCUAUGUUUUACCACCAAGUGUCUUUGUUGACCCUUAUCAACUGACUGAUUUACAAGAGACUCUCGGCAAAGCAACUGUCUUUGGAGAGCAUGAUUUGGAAUUACCGUUGGAAAAGAUCAAAGAGACGCGAGGAAGCAUUGUCUUUUUACGACAAUCUCACGUCCGGCCUUCAUGGCAGAUUGAGUUGCCCCUUCAUCUUCGAUACCAACAACCCUCCAUUCACACGGAACACCAGCCUAUCAUCAUUGAAUCACCCUAUGCUGGCUGGACCUGUGGAGACAGCAGCAAUCAUCCUCAGCCAUGGCCUCCACUUGCACACCAAUACAGCUUAUUGCCCUCUCAUCUCUCCUCCAACAGUGCAUCAUUCAUCAAAUUAUCAAACGAGCCAGCAACGUUGCAACUCACUGUACCCAUUGGCAAGGUACAAGAUGCCUCGAUAGUGACCAAGGGAACAUUUGCUGCUGUUGUCUUUUGCACAUGCUGGAUCAUAUAUUCCGUGGUUUUAUCAAUCAAAAAACGAAGAAAGACAGAAGCAAAAGGGAAAAGGAGAAAAUCAGAAUAA